CCUACGUAGACAAUGCAUCCAGCCGAAGUAUGGGAAGGGUCGGAAUGCCAGUCGGGAGCAUGCCUGUUUCAGGGAGGUCAUCCGGGUCUUCCACUAGUGGUGGCGGAGCAAGUUUCGGAGGAUCCAGUUCCGGGAGAUCAACAUAUGGAGGAUCAUCAAAAAAUACCUACGUAGACAAUGCGUACAACCGAUGCGUUGGAAGAGUGGGAAUGGAUCAUGGAACAGCGGUGAUGUCAAGACCCUCCUCCUCUUGAACAUCGCAAAGCUCUUCUCCUAGAACAUACGUGGAUAAUGCCCAAAACAGGAGAGAAGGUAGGGUGGGAAUGGAGCAUGGAACGGCGGUGAUAUCAAGACCCUCCUCCUCUUCAACAUCGCAAAGCUAUUCCUCUAACAGAUACGUGUAUAAUGCCCAAAACAGGAGAGAAGGUAGGGUGGGAAUGGAGCAUGGAACGGCGGUGAUGUCAAGACCCUCCUUCUCUUCAACAUCGCAAAGCUAUUCCUCUAAAACAUACGUGGAUAAUGCCCAAAACAGGAGAGAAGGUAGGGUGGGAAAGGAGCAUGGCACAGCGGUGAUUUCAAAGAGUUCUUCACAGUCAUCUGGUGCAAGAGUAUAUGUUGAUAACCCCUUUAACCGGCGCUUAGGACGUGUUGGCAUGCCGCUCGGAUCUAUGUCUGUGUCACGUUCAUCAGGAAGGUCCGGAUCUAAGACGGGAUCACCAGUCAACCGGAAGGAAAGCAGCAUGACACGUUGGGUUAGAGACUUGACAGAUAGAUAUUAUGAGCGACCAGAAGAAGAUAUGGACCUAGGACAUCUACAAGAAGAUUCUCUGUACGGCGCGGAAGUUAGUGAGCAAGCAGCGGACCUCAUCAACCGUAUGGAACAGGUCCGGUUAUGCCAACAGGAAUCACAAAAGAGUAAAGAACCUUUGACGUCAUUUGAUCUUCUGAAAAGUUAUCGCGGAGAAAGAAUCGAAUUUGAUGAGCUGGAUAUGAGAAAAAGGAUUGGCCAUGGAGGAUUCGGAGACGUCUAUUGCGCUAAAUGGAAGGGUACUUUCGUGGCUGUUAAAAAACUGCGGGUCCAGAGAAUAUCGAAGAAACGAUUACAAGAGUUUACUUCGGAAGUGCAAGUCUUCUGUGCCCUCGACCAUCCUAAUAUCGUCAAGUUCGUUGGCGCCUGUUGUGUGACCCCGAACAUCGCUAUCGUCAUGGAGUUCAUGGAAAGCUGUCUGUUCCAAAUACUUCACAUGUCUGCAGAUUCGGAUGCCACCCUUACAGAAGACAACAAGCUGAGCAUCAUUAUUCAGAUAUCCCGUGGACUAGCAUACUUGCACGAGAAAAACAUCGCUCAUUGUGACAUCAAGUCCCAGAACGUCUUGAUGGAUUCCAGGGAGGGUGGUUACGUGGCGAAGAUUACUGACUUUGGGCUUAGCAUGAUGAGAAAUAGUUCCGAUACGUCGUCAACAGCGCAUGAUCAGGUGCGGAACAUCGGAACCCCUCGUUAUUCUGCCCCUGAAGUACUCCGUGGGGAGCUGUUAGACCGGGCUGCUAUGAUGAGAGCCGAUGUUUACUCUCUUGGUCUUGUGGUGUUCGAGAUCAUCUCGGAAGAUGAACCAUUUGAUUCCCUAAAUGCUAAACAAAUAGAACGUCAUGUAGGAAAUGGAGAGGAAAGACCUGUGUUUGGAUCUGACAUAGAUGAAAAUGUUGAGGAAAACGUCAAAACAUGUUGGAGCCGGGAUCCGUCCCUCCGACCUUCUGCACCAAGUUUUAGUGAUUCUGUUGAAAAGUGGGAGUCUCUCUUUAUGUGACACUAAUACAAGCAUUGACAUUUUCUCUUGAAAGUCUUCCUUUCAAAAAUGACACUUACUCACAAUGAAAAGAAUAAUGUGCGAGGCGAACGCCGUCAGCAGUAUACUAUCACCUUUCCUUAAUGCUUUAUGCUAACCAAGUGUGUCUUUUGUUGUGGCUUUUUUUUGUUGAUUUUUGUUGGCAAUUGUUAUGCUAAGUAAUAGACCAAGGUUGUUUCCCCUAUAAUAAUCUCAGAUAGCAAUCGCAAUCUCCGUAAUUUGUCAUUUUGUUUUGUUUAGUGUUACUUAGUAUUGGAAACUGUAUAUAUGUUUUGAUAACAGCAUAUUUUAAACGUUUGGCCUUUUAUUCAGAUGUCAGCAAAUCAGGGAUCCAUCGGGCACAGGGCUUUCCUCAAUUCCAGCACUUGGUCAGAAUACAAUGUGCACUGCCCUCUGAAAGUCUGACAAUAUGUCUUGAGCUUUUUCAGGAACAGUUAAUCAUUCUUAAGUAUUGCUUUCACAGGCAGCAAUGUUCUUUGUUGCUGCAACAACUGACCUGUCCGGCCGUGUGUCCUUUUAAAUGUCAACUUUACCAUUCUUGAUAUUUUUUUUCAUCCACCUAAAAACAGUUCUUAAAGUUAGGGUAGAGGUACAUGUUUUUGCAUGUAUUUGUGUUGGCG